GAUCCUCGGCGGCCGCCGUCGAGCCGUGCGGUGGAACGGGUGCUGUUCCGCGUUGCCGCGGGGUUGUCGGCCAGGACCGCACUGCCGCCACCAUGAGCCGAAGCUACAAUGAUGAGCUGCAGUACCUGGACAAGAUCGACAAGAAUUGCUGGCGGAUCAAGAAGGGCUUCGUGCCGAAUAUGCAUGUGGAAGGCGUUUUCUACGUGAACGACCCUUUGGAGAAGCUGAUGUUCGAGGAGCUGCGCAAUGCCUGCCGCGGUGGAGGUGCAGGUGGCUUUUUGCCUGCUAUGAAACAGAUUGGGAAUGUGGCUGCAUUACCUGGCAUUGUGCAUAGAUCAAUAGGCCUUCCAGAUGUCCAUUCUGGCUAUGGCUUUGCCAUUGGCAACAUGGCUGCCUUUGAUAUGAAUGAUCCUGAAGCAGUGGUUUCACCAGGUGGUGUCGGAUUUGACAUCAACUGUGGUGUCCGCUUACUGCGUACAAAUUUGGAUGAAAGUGACGUGCAGCCUGUGAAGGAGCAGCUUGCCCAGGCUAUGUUUGACCACAUUCCUGUUGGUGUUGGCUCCAAAGGUGUCAUCCCCAUGAAUGCCAAGGAUUUGGAAGAGGCACUAGAGAUGGGUGUGGACUGGUCUCUCCGGGAAGGCUAUGCCUGGGCAGAGGACAAGGAGCACUGUGAAGAAUAUGGAAGAAUGCUGCAGGCUGACCCAAAUAAGGUCUCCUCGAGAGCAAAGAAGAGAGGCCUGCCUCAGCUGGGAACCCUGGGAGCAGGAAAUCAUUAUGCUGAGAUCCAGGUUGUGGAUGACAUUUACAACGAGUACGCUGCCAGGAAGAUGGGCAUCGACCACAAAGGGCAGGUGUGCGUGAUGAUCCACAGUGGCAGCAGAGGUCUGGGCCACCAGGUUGCCACAGAUGCUUUGGUGGCUAUGGAAAAAGCCAUGAAACGGGACAAAAUCAUCGUGAAUGAUCGCCAGCUGGCAUGUGCCAGGAUCGCCUCCGCAGAGGGGCAGGAUUAUUUGAAGGGAAUGGCAGCUGCUGGGAACUACGCGUGGGUCAACCGCUCUUCUAUGACUUUUCUCACCAGACAGGCCUUUGCCAAAGUCUUCAACACCACCCCAGAUGACCUUGAUAUGCAUGUUAUCUAUGAUGUGUCUCACAACAUUGCCAAAGUGGAGCAGCAUGUAGUGGAUGGAAAGGAGCGCACUCUGCUAGUGCACAGGAAGGGAUCAACCAGGGCCUUCCCUCCACACCAUCCUCUUAUUGCUGUUGAUUAUCAACUGACUGGACAGCCUGUUUUGAUCGGUGGGACUAUGGGCACCUGUAGCUAUGUUCUUACAGGCACAGAGCAAGGCAUGACUGAGACCUUCGGAACUACCUGCCAUGGAGCUGGACGUGCCCUGUCUCGAGCCAAAUCUCGACGCAACUUGGACUUCCAGGAUGUGCUGGACAAGUUGGCUGACAUGGGCAUUGCUAUCCGUGUUGCUUCUCCUAAAUUGGUCAUGGAAGAAGCACCAGAGUCUUACAAGAAUGUGACAGAUGUGGUUAACACCUGCCAUGCAGCUGGUAUCAGCAAGAAAGCCAUUAAAUUGAGACCUAUUGCUGUUAUAAAAGGCUAGGAACUGGAAGGCAGCAGAAAUGCACCAGCAUCUUCAGGCCUUACACAAAACUGACUAGAACCAUCAUCUUCCCUCACCUCUUGGACUCUGUAGGAUGCUCAGAUGUCACAUCCUUGUUCUGGAAACACAGCUGAGGAAACCCCUGCUUUUAACACCUCAUAGGCAUAAUUAAUGCCCCACCACUCCUUGUUGUAUGGUGUUAUUUUCUUGUGAGGAAAGGGCAAAAGUUAGUAAGUCUUGGUUUUUACAUGCAGUUCCUUCCCAUUUGUCUGAUGAUUCCACAGGCAGGACUUGAGGCUUGCUGAGCUGUCACUAAUUGCUGUGCUGCAAGACCACCUCCAUCAGCAAAGAUGAGGUAUGAACCAGAUCUGCCGUCCCCACACCUGAGUGCCUGGACCUCUUUUGCAUAUAGAAGUACUCUGAUAGGGUAUAGUGCUUCUGGGCAAGGAGAGGUGCUCUGUUUGCAGAGACCUUUAUGCACAGUCUAUAAUGCUGUAUGUUUUCUGGCAAUCAGGUAAAAAAUCUGGAGUUGGGAGUAGUGUCCUGCUUGGGUUGAGAGAGACUAGCUAGGCUUGAGGCACAGACCUCCCCUCUUCCCCCAUCCUCUCCUGUUUAACACAGCACCUGAUAUACUUGGCUUAGUUUAGUGCAAGCAGGUGUUCCACAGUCUUGUGGAAAUGCUAGUGGGACUGAGUAUAUUGCCUUGGGAGGUUUUGUUUGCCCAAGAAAAGUUGUGACUUACCUUAAAGAUGUACUAAUCCAACGUUUCACAAAGUCCUAAGCAUGUUCAAGUUGGAUUGAGUAAUACCUGCUUGCUGUCUUGCAGCUCUCAUUUAAGCAGGACCAGUUGCAGGGUCAGGCCCAGUACUAUGUGACUUCUGAUGUUACUUUUACAUACUUUAACCAAGACUAGAGGAGAAGCUGACCAUCUCCACCAAAUUUCGAGGAUUACAAAUAAAAUGGGAAGAUGGACAUUGCA